AUGCCAUUCUCGCAUCACAGCCAUUCGGGCCAAUUCUGCCCUGGCCAUGCCCAGAACCCCCUGGAGGAUAUUAUCAAAACUGCUAUCAAUAAGAAGAUGCAAGUCUUCUGUCUGACUGAGCAUAUGCCCCGCCAUAAAGAAGAUUUCUACCCCGAGGAAUUUGAAUCUGGCACUACCGAAGAAAGCCAUGCUGCAAAUGAAGCCGCAUACUGGAAGGAAGCAGUCUCUCUCCGCGAGAAAUACGCCUCCCAGAUCAAGAUCAUCAUUGGCUUCGAGGGUGACUGGAUCCGACCCGCCUCUAAAGAUUUGAUCGAGCGCUCACUUUCCCGGUUUCCAUUUGAAUUCUUCAUUGGCUCAGUUCAUCAUAUGCACACUAUUCCAAUCGACUAUGACCGACCUAUGUACGAACAAGCUCGAGAGCAAGCCGGCGGAACAGAUGAGCGACUAUUCGAGGACUACUUCGAUGCCCAAUUAGAUAUGUUGGAGCAACUCAAACCACUCGUUGUGGGACAUUUUGAUUUAAUUCGUCUGAAGAGCGAUGACAUGGAGCGCAGCUUUACUACCUGGCCUGGUGUCUGGAGUAGAAUUCUACGGAAUUUGGACUUUAUUGCCUCGUACGGUGGUAUCCUGGAGCUCAAUUCGGCUGCAUUGCGCAAGGGAAUGACUGAACCGUAUCCCAAAGCGGAGAUUUGCAAGGAAUUUGUGGCACGUAAGGGCCGCUUCUGUCUGUCUGAUGACAGCCAUGGCAUCAACCAGGUUGCUUUGAACUUCCGCCCUGUGCUUGAUUUCUUGGAUCGUGCUGGUAUUUCAAAGCUACAUUAUCUACAAUUGGAAACGUCGUCAUCUCCGCCCGAUUCUCGGUUUCCUAAUACCCAUAUUGCGGAGAUUUCAGUGGAAGACACUGUCAAGUAA